AUGCGGACUGACGCAAACGUGGAGCGCGGCGAGGUGCGGAGUGGUGAGGAGCAUGCACAGCCCCUCCCCCCACCAUUGUCGCUACCUUGGGGGCAGACAGGGUACACAGAGGCAUCUGGUGGGAAAGUGGCGAGAAACGACGUUGACAGAAUAUUUGUGAAUAUCAUGCAAUGGGAAGUUUUUCAUGCCUUCAUGCUCUUGAACAUAUUCAAGUUAUGAUUAUGUGAAUAAAUUUUACUGUAACAACUAACAGGAUGGAUGAGCAAAAUGGUGAGUGCUCUGAUCAUCCUGAUGAUUUAUAUAGUUCAGUGAACCCAUUGGAUUUUCUUCUGGAGUCACAAGACUCUUCAAGAAAUGUGCCUUGCAGUAAUCUCAGCAGUGACAUUGACACUUCAGACCUUCUCAGCAAUUUAGAUGCGAAAUUGUUGCCUCCAAAUAAUUUUCCAGUACAUAGUGGUUUCAGUAAUUGCAUAGACCCUGUGAAUUCUUCUAAAAUUAGUGCAAUAUCUGAAAGUGAUCUUGGAAACAAUUGUUCCGACUUCUUCAAUGACAGUUUGACAGAACAUAGUUCAAAUUUAAAAGAUCAUCUCAAGUUAGAUUUGAUUUGUGGUCUUGGUGAAAGUGAUUCAAAUAAAGAUUUCUUACCUUGUAGCUUAACAAGUACUGAUGGAUUAGAUCAAAAUAGGGCUGCAGAUAAUAUAAGUGUAGAAUCUGAAAUUACUCGGCAAAGUGAUGCUGCAACAGUACAAACAUACUUUAAUGAUAAUUCCCAAAGUACAAACUAUACAGAAGUGAAUUUGGUGGGUAUAGAAAAUAAAAUAGUCAGUCCGGAUUCAGAAUGCAAUUCUCAAGACACCCAAGAUGAAGAAGAAAGUGAUGAAAAGGCAAGGAAUGUCGGUAAUGGACACUAUUCAGCUAUUCAAAGUGGCUCUAGGACCAAGUCUGGAUCAACUCGUGGUAGAAAAAGAAAAAGUGGUGAUGAUGUUAUGUCUAAGGGUCGUGGUGGUUGUUCAGUGAAAAAAAGACAGCCAGCUGUGACAUAUCACAGUCAGAUAUCACCUGAUCAGAAUGGCAUCAAAUUAAAAAUAAAGAAAUCUCCAGGAUCAGUUGCUGUUCAGAAAAAUGUAAAGCGAAAGGAAAGAACUAGAAAGCGAAGAAGUAAGAAAGAUGAAGAGGAAGAAGAGGAAAACUUGGAUUCCUCUGAUCCAGGAAGUACUGAACAGAGCAAAUGGGGAUCUCAUCUUCCAGUACCAGUGUUAAUUAAAGUUUUCUCUACUGUUGCCCAGGAAGAAGGCUGCUUACCCUUUCUUGUGCGGGCUUCAUCAGUGUGUCGAUUGUGGAGAGAAGCAGCUUUAGCCCCUUCUCUUUGGAAUAUAAUAGAUUUAACUGGUACUUGGGUUCGUGAUAGAUACAAGAGUGAAGCACAAUUGGCAUGGCUUUGUGAAAAUAGAUUUUCUCUUGUUGAAGAUCUUAACAUUGGUGGCUGGAAGUUUUCUGACAAACAGAGAUUUCUCCAAGUAAUGACUGAACACUGUCCAAAUCUUCGAGGGAUUACUCUUACAGGAUGGACUGGUUUACAUGGAGAUCACUUAAAAUAUUUGGUUGAUAAUUGUCAGUUUCUUUCUCGAAUUGAUCUUACUAGCAUAUGUCCUGAUGGGAGCAUUAAUCGCAGUGCUGUGUCGAUGACAGCCAUUCGUAAUAUGUGCCAGACUAUAGGAGAUCGCCUUACACAUCUCACUCUUGCUGACAAUAAGAUUACUGGAAUAUCCCAAAUUGUCACUGCCAUUGCUGAAAAUUGUCCAAAUUUAGAAGUGUUUGAUAUUUCCAAUAUGUGUAGCUACUCAACAGCACCUUUACCUAUUGAAAGAUUUCAAAAUGGUUGCCAAAAACUAAGAGUGCUUCGAUUUUCUAACAGCAACUUGUGUCUUGCCCAAACUUCUCUGAAGGAACAGGUGGCAUCUCUUGGCUUCCCAUGUCUGGAAGAAUUGAGUGUUGCAUCAAUUUUUGGUCUAGAUGGAUCAAUGCAACGACCCACUAUUGAUGAUAAUUCUUUGGAGCGAAUUCUCAAGAAUUCACAUAAACUGCGUUUGUUGGAUGUUCGUGGAUGCUCUCGCAUCUCAGACUCCAGCCUUGUAAGAGUUCCAGCAUGGGAUCUCGAACAUCUUUUUCUUUCAGGGUGCUAUGUAACGAAGAUGCAAGAAUCUGGUUUGGAACUAAUUGUUCAAAAAUGGAGUCAUAGUUUAAUAGAAAUGGACCUUGGUUGGUGCACUGCCACCGCUCCCUUAGAUAGUGCAGUUACUGCAUUUUCUGAAAAGGGAGAGGAAUCUCCACUGAGGAUUCUAAACUUGUGUGGCUCAUCUGUGAGCCUGGAGCCAGUGAAAGCAGUCCUCUUGCGAUGUCCCCACCUCCAGUCUCUAAAUUUGUCUUCAUGUCGUGCUUUACCUCGAGGCAUGAAACGCCUUUAUGAAGGCUUUGAAGUAGUUGAACUUAGAAAAUCACUACUUGAAAAGCCAGUGGCAGCCAACUCCAGCAGUGCUUCUGCUUCUCCUAGUGACACAGCAGCAGAAGAGGCAGCUAUGGACCAAUCUGGUAUAAUCUCUGAAAAUACUGCUCAUCCUCAAGAGCAGUCUGAGGCAACCUUGACAGUUGAAAGUGAACACCAUGCAAAUUGAUUAUGUGUGUACUCAUUUCUUCCUCCAUGGAUUGCCUAGUCUUUCGUGUGUUUACACGUAAACACAUUUUAAAAGUGGUAACUUGUGCAUCAUGUUAUGGUGCUAACAACUUUUACAGAAGUCAUCUUUCUUCAAGAAAUGAAGAAAGUUAUAAAGAAGCAGAAUGCUCUGGAUUGUGUUUGGUGAUAUUUAAAAGAAGAAAACUGCAUCACAUGUGACUUAAGACAUGUAUGUAUAAAGAUUGAAAUAUAUUUCAAUUGAAAAUUAUGUACUCUGUAGCUAUGAUUUAACAUUGAGUAGCAGGAGCCAAACCAUUUUGGGAACUUUUGUGCUUUACACGCACAACUAAUAAAAUGUGUGAUGACACCACUUAGGUUGUGUUCUAGGGCAUUCAUAUUUGCUUAAAUGGCACUUCAAAAAAUAUUAUAAUCAGUAUUUUUGUAACCUUUUUGUUACUCUCUUUCAGAGAUUGUAUAUUCAUUUAUAUUAUGUUGAAAUUUUUUUUUAGCUAGUUCACCUGUGGUAAAUUAUAUGAAGCAAUUCAAAUAGUUUUGCACACAUCAGUUUUCAAAAAUUUAGUGGAAGAUGGAUUCUUAUGUGACAUUUCAUGUAUACAUUUUAAUUAAUUUUUAACUACUUUUUUAUAUAAUUUAAUUCUUGUAAAUUGUAGUUCUUGUUCAUUGAUUGUUAAAUAUUCAGUGAGAAUUGCUCAUUACAAUUCAAAACAUUCCAGUAGUGAAAUUAUAAUAGCUUUGAGUGACACUUUGAAGGGCAAAAUUUGCCCAAUAUUUUUUUUAUAGAUCAUACAUGUUGUGAUGUAAUUUUGGGAGGGGGGGUUGAAUCGUUUGUAUAAUAAUUUAUCUCCAAAAUAAGAACAUUUCUGUGCGGUCAUUCUAAAUGAUCUGCAGAAUCUUUUAGUGUCCAAGCUCAAUUUUCGUAAGUGGAUUAAUUUUUCAGUGAAGAAAGAGAAAAUAUGUUUUCAGUCAUAUCAGCAGUGGCAUUAAUGAUAUCUUGUAUUCAUGUGUUAAGAUAUCUAAAAGAGCUAUUAUUAUAAAUUAUAAUAUACUUUCUUUUCAAUAAAAAUGAUUAUCACUAUCUUGGCUGUGAGUAUGCAUGCCCAGUUGUAUUAAAUAUAUUGCUUUGAUAAUAGUUUUUGGGUCAAUGAGAAAGCAGUUUGUAAUACUGACAAAGUAAUGGGUAAAAAAAUUCAGAAAGAUUGCUGGGGAGAAAGUUUUAAAAGUUUUGUAAAUAGAUUGGAUAAUGAAGAUAUAUUUUUAACUUAAAUCUGAGUGAGCAAAGCAAAAAUCUGAUCUGCAAAGCAAAUUGUAGAUUCUCCUUCAACUCUUUCUAAUAAUUUCAUAAAGAGAAACUUUUACCUAAAUUGCUUUUCAUUGCAGUGAAUCAUCUGUAGUAAUAAUUUUAAGCAGUAGUAUGUAUCUUCUUUAAGGAAAUUUUAUUAAUAUUGCUGAAAUAAGUUGUAACAAAAUACUCUUUUCAUCAAAUGUUAAAACAAAGAACAUUAAUUACUUUGUGCCCACAGAAUUACUUUGUGAACUAAAGAAUCUCAUAGCCUCUUGAAAAGAGACAUUUAGCACAAAUUAUGAAUUUGCCAAACGUAUCUAAAUUAAAGUUGUUGUUUGUGUGCGUGCAUGCCAGUUUGGUGAAUAAAAAUGUCAAUUUGGGAACGAGUUAAUUAAGAACUUUAAAAAAUGUUAGGAGGGAGUCCAAGAUUCAUUAACAGUUCUAUUAAUAAAGCUUUACAGUAGCAUGCCAUUACCAUUAGAAGCUUGAUAAAUUGUCUACUGUAAACCUUUGGCUUUAAUCCAAAAGUAGUUAAAGGGUCAUGUGCAUAGUUCUUUUGUUGUAUCGCUUCGUCAUAUAAGUUUGCCAUCUUUCAUCUUUGUAAUCACAGGAGUUUCUAGAUAAAUAUGGUUUACUUUAGAAAUUCAAUUUUAUGCCAAGAAACUAAAACUUAAUUUUAUUUCUUUUAUCUGGUCACUUGACAAAUACUUAUGUGUGUAGAAUGAAAAAGAAAUUAGAUAAUUAAUUGUUGUAAAAUAAUUGCCAUUAAGUGUUCUUAACCAGUGUAAAUAAUUUCAUGUUUUUGUUGUUUCUUUUGUUUUGUUUUUUAAGUUAAUACCAGAGCUGCCUCUGCUCAUUACUUAUUAUAAUUAGCUUCUAAAAAAUUUUCCAUUUCCAUUGGAAAUUUCCUAUUUCCACUUUAUAUUUGGAACAAUAGUGUGAAAGUCCAUAUCUCACUGUAGGCUUGGUACUAAUUUAGUGUUCAUGAAUGUACAAUUUCAUUUUUGCUCAAUUGUUUUUCUUCACUGUAAUAUUUCAUCUAUUAUAAUCAGUUCAGGUACAAAAUGAUACUUUAAAAUUGUCUCAUGCCUGUGUACUUCUACCUGCAACAUUUGUGGUGUCAUUUACCAUAUGCAAAUCAUUCAUAGAAACUGCAGAUAAAUCACAUUCAAGAAAACAUAGUUCUAACUUUUUAUAUAUCCUUUUAAUUCUAGAGCUUAUUAGAUUUAUCUACCUUCCAUCAGAUUUGUUUGAACUGUUUACAAAAGUGUGCAAAGCAGUAGGGCUUUUUAGUUGAUUCUGAAAAUCUAAUGCAGUUUCUUGUAUUCAAUCUUCUUCUCUACAAAAUAUUGUUAGUUUAUUUUUAACUUUGUUUGCUCUGAAUUUUAGUGUAUUCAAUUGGUGGCUUUUUAGCAUCACUAGUUUUCAAGUUUUGUCAUGCUAAAUAAAUGUGUGUACGGGUGGGGAUAUCAAAAAAGCCAGACUUCUCCUAACAUCUCAUUGAAAGCUUAUUGAGAAUCUCUUAAAUAAGCCUCAUAAUAUCAACAGCAUUUGUUUCUGUCAUUGUCAUUUGUUCUUGUCACAAGAGACAUUCAAAGUGUAACAUUCUUCCACAUUUUGUGAUAGUUGCCUAUUAUAAUUCUGGGGUGGAAUCAUGACUGUAGAGUCUACUUUAUUUGCCAAUCAUAUACAUAUGAAUGUCAAGUAUGUAUGUUGGUAGGCAUUUCAGGGCAUCAAUGCAGAAUUACUUUUCUUGAACAAGAUGAGUUCAUGUACUUCGACUGGGAAAAAGUGGGAUGACAUCGACUAUCUGUAUGUAAAUAUUUUGUCUAAGUGAUAAAUAUUUGCCAUUGUUAAUAACAAAUAUUAUAUUAAAGAAAGGUUGAAAUAUAUAUCAGAGAAGUUUGCAUGUGUGAGAUUUAACUGUCAUCUCUGACUGAAAGUUUCAGUGUUAGAAAAAUAGCAAGUGUUUAGUAAUUGUUCAAAUGAAAAAUGAACAUGUCUCAUUAGUAGAAUUCUGUGGAUGGACUCAACUAUUGUGUUAUAAUAUGUAUUGUAUUGUUGAUUAUCUUGAACCUUGUGCCCAUUCCAACUAGUAUCAAAAUGAAAUUCUUGUUAUAAUAUUUCUUCUUUUAUUUUUUUUUUUUUUAUUAUUAUUGUUGAUUGCUUUGUAAAAUUCAUACAAAUGCAAGUUUUAUUAUUUUUGUUCUUUCAUCAUAUUGAUAAAAGAAUGAUGAUCCAUUGAAUGUGAAAUUUCCGAUUUGGAUAGUUUUCAAAUUUAAAGAACAACUUUCAACUUCAACUUUUGUUUUAUAAAAUUUUAUCGAUCUUGAUCCUGAGGGAUGCAUGCUGAUUAUGAAUUUGUUUACCAUUGCUAAUUUACAUAUUGUAAUUGAUCUUAUUAAUUCUUGCUUUGUAUUGUAUAUUUGACUUUUAAAAGUUGCAAUUUCUGUAAAGAAAAUAUUUGCAUUUGGUGAUCUUAUGAGAAAAUAAUCAAGUUUAAAGAUUAAAUGUAAUGUUUACUUAAAAUUCAAACAAAACAUGGUAAUAUAAUAUUUUUAGUGUGAAUGAGUGUGUGAGCUCAUUGUACAUUCUUGUAACUGAAAUUGUUGAGGAUUAUGGUUUUUAAAAUGAUCAUGCAUUUCUCAAAGAGCAGUUAAUUUGGUCUCAGGAGUGCUGAUAUGUUUAAUUUUUAAAACAUUCUGGUGCUUAAGGAUUCAGAAAAAUAUUCUUAUGAACAUUUAUUAUAUUUCUUUACAAUGCAGACGUUGGGGACUGAUAUAGAGAUGUUUAGAAAAAUGUUAUCUUAGAAGAGGAGAAUGUUAGUAUGAAUAUUAAGUGAUUAUUAUUCAUUUCAUGACAUACAAAUUAUUUAUUUUCCAAUUUAAAGUUUUGGAAUCACUCAGUUUUUUAUUCAGGAAGUUUCUAUGUAAUACGAACAUUUUGUAAACCUAAUUAAGGAUUAGGUACAAUUUUGUGUACACAUUAAUUUUAAUGUUGAUAUUGACAGGUGCACCAAAUGUCAGAAGCAUACAUAUAAAUUUCUAUUAAAUACUUCAAUUAAUUGUGAUCAGCUGUUGUGCAAAUCAAAGCAAUAACUUUGUUAUUCUGAUUAAUGUUGUAAAAACAUUUAAAUAUGUUGUGAACAUACAAAUAUUUUUUCUCUUCUAAUUUGAUUGUGUGGCCAAAAAACCACAGAUUCAAUGUGAUGAGAUUUGAAAGGCAGUCUAUAAUUUUUGUAACUUGUAAAAUAUAUUUACCUUCAGCUCAAAUAUUCAAAAUAGGAGUUUACUACUUGUACCAAUUUUGUUUGUAUUUGGAUAAUUAUUAUAAGGAAUUCAGAAGUUACAAUUUUUAUGUGCCAGAUAUAUUUUUUGUCAUGUGUAGUACCUACAUGAAAAUAUUCUCCAUAAUGGGAAUAUUCUUAUUUUUCUGUUUUAAAAAUAUUUUUAGAUACAAAUGUUGUUAACAACUUUGUAACAAAUACAUCAUCUAACAGGGCAACAAUGUUCAAAGCAAAUUUCAUUUCAUAAAAAUUGUCUGAAAGUUUUCUAUUGAGAUUCAGUAUUAUUUCCUUUCUUCUUAUCAAAUUAACAGUUUGUAAUUGUUUAUUAAAAAUAUUUAACUAUCAAGAAAACAACUUCUUACUUUAGAGUGGUUGCUUAUUUACUGAAGCAGAAGCAGUUGAUAUUAUUCUUGCAGCAUACUAAUGAAACUAUGUGAUAGGAAGAUCCGAAAACCCCAUCCUAUUAAAUAUUAUAAAUUUCAGAAUAGGUAUGCAAAAAGGAUUGAUUCAAGAAACGGUUUGUCUUAAUCUUUCUUAUACUCACUCCCAAAACUAAUAUUAGUAAUUAAUUGUAGGUACUAAUGAAAAGUUCUUACACUGUAUUGAGAGUGAUGGAGCAAAAAAAUAUUAUAAAUAUUCAUUUAACCAAGAUUUUAUGCGGUGUUAAAUUUUCUAUUUACUGUAAUAGGAUGUUUGAAUGAAACUGACAAUUCUCUGAAUUUUGUAUUGAUCAUUGAUGAAUAAAAACUCAUACUGCCCAGCUAAAACUUUUGUUACAAGUGUAUAGCCAGAAAUUGGAGAGUGAGAAAUCAAAUGAUAGAACCAUACAUACAUACAUAUAUUCUAUUUUAUGAAACAAUUUCACAUAUGUCUCUCCACUGAAUCUUUUUACAUUUUGUGUCUCUUGUUAUUGUUGUCUUAUUUGUAGAAAUGGAAAGUUUUAGAGAAGAAAUAUAUAAAUAAUAUAUAUAAUAUAUAUAAGUACUGAUAAUUAUGUUAUAACUCUAGAGGGAUGUAUGCGAGUGAGUGUAUGUGUGUGUGUGUGUGUGUGUUAAAUUGCACACAAAAAUGGAGAUACAUAUGAACUUUCUGUACAAUCAUGUUUUUAAAGGCAGUUGCUACUCUGACUUCAGUCUUUGUAAGUCGUGAAAGGGGAAUGGAAAGUUUCAUACACAUUGAUGUUUCAACAUAAAUAACAAUGCUCACAAGUCAUUGUUUCUUCUGGUACCUGUACUAAAAUUACUUCACAGUAAAUUAACAAGAAGAAACUGACUCUGAAUAUUUUUAUUCAUAAUUUUAGAAUGAUUUGCAACAGCUGUUGUGAUACUUCUGAUUAAUCUACAACAUGUAUUUCGUUGAGUUUAUGUACAGCAGAGAAACUCUGUCAAAACCAAUUUGCAUAAUGUAAAUAUUAAAAUAAAAUAUUGCUUAAUUUAUACAAAAUGCAAUUAAAGUUAUGUUAUUCCUUCCUUUUUUGGCAUAUGAAGAGAAUCAAGAGAGAUGUGGAGGAACUGCGUUUUAAGACAUUUUGUGUUAAUUUGUCUCAAAAUAUAGCUUGUUUUGAAGCUAUUGUGUGGUUUUAGUGUACAUGUAGUACUGACUUUUCCCGGUUGUAUAUAUGAGAUUAAUAGUUACUAAUUUAAAAACCUUGUAGUUAAACAUAAUUAUAUAUAAAUGUACUGUAUGGGAUGCACAACUAAAUGAAAAUGUUAAAUUAAUAUUUCUCUAAAUUUUGGUGAUAUCAAAAAAAAUAAAACAAUGAAAUUAAACAAAAUGUGUCGCAAUGUGGAAAAAUGUCGCAAAAAAGUGUUUCAGUGAAAGUGGUCUCAGAACAGUCUGAAUCAUCCUUGUAGAAAGAAGCCGUCCAUCUCCACUUAUACUCAGUUUUGGAAAUGACUGGUGUAAAAAGACAUUACCUACACAUCUCAUAGCAUUCUUCAUAAGUUUUGCAUCCUGAGUGCCAAUAAUAACACUUGUUUCUUUUUUACCCUGUGUAGAAGUAUUAAUACAAACAUUUUGUGCUUUAUAAUGUAUAUAAAUUUCAAAUCAGUAAUAUAUAUACAUAUAUAUAUAUAUAUUUUUCAGACUUCACAUGCCUUCUUUGAAAGAGACAUUUUAUGAUGGUAUACAUAUUAGCACACAAAAUGAAAUUUUUGAGUACAAUAUCCAAACUAGGGUUUGGGAAAUUUAUUCUAAUUUUGUAUAAAUAAUUUGUGAUUGUGA